AUGUCUACGAUUACUUCUACCUUGGGCGGUAAUCCCAUACUCAAAGGCAUACACGCCGUCGAGCCCUCUCGCUCUCGAUCCUUUUCUGUCGCAGGCGGCGAGUGCACUUGCAACGACCUUCCACCUCCCAACGAGAAGCGUCAAACUGUGAUCCUCGAAGGUGGACUGCCUAACUUUUGCAUUCCCAAGGACAAGGAUAAGCACGACCGCUCCCACUAUCGGGGUGUCUUGCAGCAGCGACUGAGACUCAAGAAUGAGGUCAUUCUCUUCCUGUGCGAAUACGUGGGGACGACCCUCUUCCUCUUCUUUGCUUUUGCCAUUGCGACACAAGCUAGCGAUCGGAUCGGGGCCGUGAAGAAAGCACACCCCAGUGGUCCGCCUGAUACGAGCGCCCUGCAAUUCUCAUCCCUGGGCUUUGGCUUCUCCUUGGCCGUGUUUGCCUGGGUCUUCUUCAGAGUCACUGGCUCCCUCUUCAAUCCUGCGCUGACUCUAGGUCUGACUUUGCUGGGCAACCUCUCCUGGAUCUCAGGCAUCGUCCUCACAAUCUCUCAAUUCCUAGGAGGGAUAACAGCCGCCGCUAUGCAGAAUGCCCUCUUCCCUGGAGAGCCGAACAUGAGAACGACGCUGAGUGGUGGCACGACUGUCAACCAGGGUUUCUGGAUUGAAUUCUUCUCCACCUUCAUGCUCGUAUUCACCGUCUAUAUGCUGGCAGGAGAGAAGCACAAGGCCACCUACCUUGCCCCUAUCGGUAUCGGCCUGGCGCUCUUCCUAGGCGAGCUCGCUGCAACAGGCUACACGGGAGGCUCCCUCAAUCCAGCUCGCUCUCUGGGACCCGACGUCAUUGCCAGGCACUUCGAUGGCUUUGCCUGGAUCUACUAUGCGGCACCUUACAGCGCUGUCCUCGUCGCUACUGGCUUCUUCAAGUCGCUGCGAUGGCUGCAGUACUAUACUGUCGUGCCGGACCAGGACGAUGACGAUAGUCACGGCACUAAGCAGGUCAUCAGAGACGCUUUUGGCUCCAUCAUCGGAAGCAUCGAGCAGAUUCCCGCCGAGGACUUCAAGUACGCCACUGUAGACGUCGAGCAGCCUGCUGCGCCCACUACUGUCUUCCGACCCGUCUCGCAGACAUAUGAGCAGGAAGGGCAAAACACCGAGGAGGUGGUCGAUGGUAAUGAGUCAGGACCUCUGGGUCGCGUUGAUCGCUUUGCUCAUCCUCACCAGCAGCAGCCGUCUGGCCAUCAUUACGUUGGAGAUGAUGUAUACGUGAUCAGCGGUCGUGGUCGUUACGCGACUGCUAUGUGA